AUGGUGAAGAACAAACGAAGCAAACGUCAAACUCUCUUGCUAAGAGUUUUGUUCGUCCUUUUCGUGGCGGCGUUCGUCUCCGUGCUCCACGACGCGGUGCUCGAUGUGAUGCAAAAAUCGUCCGAUUUUGUCUCACUUUCCUUUGGCUUGGGAGGAGCAAAAGACGUGAACCCGAACAGGUUACCGCCUCUGUGCGAGACGAAAACGCUGAGCGUGUUACGCGAGGACCUGUUUAAAGCGAAACCUGGAUGGCGGACGCAGUGUUCGGAGAAGUUUAAGAAGCAGAUGCAAGUGUCGUCUCGAUUUCAUUACCAGAGACGGAGAGACGAGGAAGGAAGGGCGAUAAAGAAGGUGAAGUUUGAGGAGGUGUUAGUCUCGCUUCCUCCGGUUGGGAAGUUGAAGGAGUUGGAGCAGUACGCGUACGAGGGGAAAGAUUUCGGCGCGUUCGAUGAUACGGAUAAAGCGGUAGGCCGGAAAGCGAUUUCGAUUUUGUUUAGCGGGCGCGACGGGUUCAUCGACGAACAGUUGGCAAGGUUUCGGUAUUGCCAGAUUGUGGUCGUGACUGCGUCGUUUGGCGCGCAGGAUACGUUGCACAGACCGAUUGGUGCGGAUCCGACUCGGUAUAAGCAAGAUGACGUGUGUUUUGUGGCGUUUGUGGAUAAGCCGACGAUUGAAAAGUUUGGGUACCAGAGCGGGUGUUUCGACGCUUGGAACGUGGUCGAGUAUUCACACCCGGGGUUCCCGGACAGUCGAAUGAAAGCGAGAUUAGUGAAAGCGUUGUUGCCAUUUCAUUUUCCGGAGAGUAAAGUGACCGUGUGGAUUGAUUCAAAGCUAGAGUUGAGCGAAGACGCGACGGCGGUGGUUGAUGUCUUGUUGAGAGCGAACACGCACCCGAAGAUUACCAGGGUGAAGAGACACGAAAGGCCGUACGAGUUUGACGUGGCGGUGAGUGAGAAUCAUGUCAGGGAGGAUGUGUUUGCGGAGGCGGAUAAGUUGACGAAGAUGUUUCACGGAGCGUUGAGCGUAAACGAGACGUACGAUUCGGAUCGAAGCCGAUGGUUGAGUCAAACCGUGAAAAGGUAUAAAGAGGAAGGGUUCCAAGGGAAAGGAUUGCCGGAUACGGGGUUGUUCAUUCGAAGGACGAAUGCGAUUGGGUUCGAGUUAAGCGCCAGGUGGGCGCACGAAAUCUUGCGCUCACCAUUCGGAAGAGACCAGAUUUCGUUUCCGUACGUCAAGUGGAUCAUGGAACAGAGAGGAUUUGGCGAUAGAAUUAGAGUGUUUGAGAAGUGUUGGUACAUAGCGGCGGUGAACGAAGUCGGACACGCGUCUCGAUCCGGAACGGUUGUUCGACGACGAUUGCUUUAG